CGAAAAUUCCACAAAAAUCAACCAGUACUGUACCAUUGCUAUACCACCGACAAUUCAACAACAGCAAGCCAAUCAACCACUACUGUACCAUUGCUAUACCACCGACAAUUCAACAACAGCAAGCCAGUGCCACUCCCUAUAAGUAACCAGCAUGGCAGCAUCAUGUAGGCAAAGAUACACCCUUAGUUUUAGCAAACACAACAAUUUAAAUGGAUGUUGGUUGUGAUCACAAGCCUCAUGCUGUUUGUAUUCCAGCUCCAGCUCAGAGUCACAUCAAGAGUUUUCUUCAGUUUGCCAAAACCCUCCACCACAGAGGCUUUCACAUAACCUUUGUCAACACUGAAUUCAACCACAAGCGAUUUCUUAAAUCUCAAGGACCCAACUCCCUCGAUGGCUUACCUGAUUUUCGCUUUGAAGCCAUUCCUGAUGGCCUUCCAGAAUCAGAUGAAGAUGACAACACAAUAGAAUGGAUUCCAGGAAAGAAAGAUAUUUGUUUGAAGUAUCUGCCUACUUUUUGUCGAACUACAGAUCCAGACGACAUCCUCUUCAACAUCACCAUGGAAGCAGCGGAAAACGCAAAUAAAACUUCAGCUGUUCUUCUUCUCACAUUUGAUGCUUUGGAAAAAGAUGCUCUGGAAGCUCUCUCCUCAUCUGUUUCUCCACCAAUUUAUUCAAUUGGUCCUCUCCAAUUAAUGCUAAAUCAAAUACCAGAAGACCCUUUGAAACCUAUGGGAUACAGUCUUUGGAAGGAGGAAAGAGACUGUCUCCAAUGGCUAAACUGCAAGCCACCAAACUCAAUUGUUUAUGUCAAUUUUGGAAGUAUUGUGGUUUUGACACCAGAACAGCUUCUCGAGUUUGGUUGGGGACUUGCGAAUACCAAGCUUCCUUUCUUCUGGGUUAUUAGGCCAGAUUUGGUUGUCGGAAAAUCAGCAAUCUUGCCGCCAGAGUUUGAAGCUGAAACCAAAGACAGAGGUCUAAUAGCAAGUUGGUGCCCCCAAGAAGAAGUCCUAAACCAUCCGUCAGUCGGAGGGUUUUUAACACACAGUGGUUGGAAUUCAACCAUUGAGAGUAUUACAGCUGGAGUGCCAAUGCUGUGUUGGCCAUUCUAUGGAGACCAGCAAAUAAACAGUUACAGUUGCUGUGAAUGGGGAAUUGGCAUGGAGAUCGACACAGAUGUCAAGAGAGACAAUGUGGAGAAGCUUGUGAAGGAGUUAAUGGAGGGAGAUAAGGGCAAGAAAAUGAGAAGCAAGUGUCUGGAGUGGAAGAAACUUGCAGAGGAAGCCACUGCUCCGCAUGGUUCUUCAUCAAAAAAUUUGGAAAAUUUAGUGAACCGAGUCUUAUUAAGAAAAAUCACUUAAUAAUGGUGUAGCGCUAUGUGAAAGGAGCUAAAUUUGAUGGUCAUUUCAUGGCAGGUUUCUUUUUCAUGUUAAUAGUUUCUUAAUAAAGUUAUAGUUUUUUUGUAUUCG